CGGGCGGGCUUAGGCAGAGCGCCGCCGGGGUAUCCGGUUUCUGGGAUUCGUUGGCCGGGGUUUGGAGAAAUCCCGCGUCCUGAGAUCCCCGCCUGCCUCCGAGCUCCAGGGAUCCCUGCGGAGCGGGAGAAGAGGUUCCGUCAGGUGGCCCCCUUGUCAGCUUUGAAGAACCUUGCUCCGGGUUUAGCUGCGGAGGAACAAGCCUCCGGGCAGGAGGGCACCAUGGUGACCGAGCAGGAGGUGGAGGCCAUCGGGAAGACCCUGGUGGACCCCACGCAGCCCCUGCAGGCCCGCUUCCGGGCCCUCUUCACGCUGCGUGGGCUUGGCGGCCCUGACGCCAUCGCCUGGAUCAGCCGGGGUUUUGGGGACGACUCGGCCCUGCUGAAGCACGAGCUGGCCUACUGCCUGGGCCAGAUGCAGGACCCCCGCGCCAUCCCCGUGUUGGCAGACGUGCUGCGGGAUGCGAGCCAGGAGGCCAUGGUGCGCCACGAGGCGGGGGAGGCCCUGGGCGCCAUCGGGAACCCGGAGGUGCUGGAGCUCCUGAAGCAGUACUCCGCCGACCCUGUAGUUGAAGUGGCUGAGACCUGCCAGCUGGCCGUGCGGCGCCUGGAGUGGCUCCAGCAGCACCCUGAGGAGCUGGCGGCGGCCACGGGACCCUACCUCUCGGUGGACCCGGCACCCCCAGCCGAGGAGCGCGACGUGGGGCGGCUGCGGGAGGCGCUGUUGGAUGAAGCCCGGCCUCUCUUCGAGCGGUACCGCGCCAUGUUCGCACUGCGCAACGCGGGCGGGGAGGAGGCCGCCCUGGCGCUGGCCGAGGGCCUGCGCUGCGGCAGCGCGCUCUUCCGCCACGAGGUGGGCUACGUGCUGGGCCAGCUGCAGCACGAGGCCGCGGUGGCCCCGCUGGCCGCCACCCUGGCCCGCCGCGCGGAGAGCCCCAUGGUGCGGCACGAGUGCGCCGAGGCCCUGGGCGCCAUCGCCCGGCCCGCCGGCCUGGCUGCGCUGCGGGCGCACGCGGCCGACCCGGAGCGCGUGGUGCGCGAGAGCUGCGAGGUGGCGCUGGACAUGUACGAGCACGAGCGCGGGCCGGCCUUCCAGUACGCCGACGGGCUGGAGCGGCUGCGCCCCGCGCCCUAGGCCUGGGGCGCCCCGGCGGGGGCUUAGCCCUGCAGGCCGGCCUCCUGCACCCUACCCCUGCCCCCCACCCAUCUGGGGGCCGGAAGCGCCCCAGGCCCGCAGGGAAGGGGAGGGGUCUGGAUAUGCCCUGCCCGGGAUGGCUAUGCUGGGGGUGAGGAUGUUGGGGGACCCCAGGGACAGAACUAGGGCUCUUGGAAAGUGUCAGGGUGACAGUGACUCAGGCUUCACCAGGAACAGGAAACGGGGUUCGGAGGUGCCUCACCCUUUGGGGCCCAAGCCAGGACCGGGAGGUGGCCUCUGGCCGGGCCGGGCCGGGGUGCCAGGAUGGGAUAUUAAACUGUUUUUGCUGAUCGUUGA